CCGGAAAUUCUCACGGUCGCCAACCCUGCUUCGGAGCACGGCCCGGGUCUCCCAUUCAGGUUGCGUUCGCCCUUCAUGUCGUUCCUCGAGUCGCUGUUCUCUUUGCAGGGCCGUCUAGCACUCAUAACGGGUGGAACUCGAGGAAUAGGGCAGACAAUGGCUCUUGCACUUGCUAAAGCUGGUGCCGACCUCGUCCUCGUCCAGCGUGACCCAUCCAACCAAGACACAGCCGAUCAAGCUAGAGAACUUGGUCGCCGUGUUACAGUUAUCGAGUGCGAUUUGGCAGACAAGGAGAGUGUGAGCACGAUUGUGCAUAGAGUCACUGCAAGCGAAGAGGACGGAGGUCUUGGCCUUACGAUCGAUAUUCUCGUCAACUGUGGGGGGAUUCAACGCCGAGCACCGGCAGAGACGUUUACGGACGAAAAUUGGAAUGAGGUGACUUUUGAACGGGUCCAAAACGUUCUUGUUCAUAUCCAAAAGGUUUUGCAAGUCAAUUUGAACGCGGUAUUCACUCUUUCGCGUGAUGUCGGUGCACAUAUGCUCAAGACGCGCGGAGUUGGAUCGCAAACACACCGAGGAAAGAUUAUCAAUAUUGCGAGCCUAUUAUCUCACCAAGGUGGAUUGACCGUACCUGCUUAUGCUGCCGCCAAACAUGGCGUUUUUGGCUUGAUAAAAGCUCUCUCAAACGAAUGGAGCCCGAAGGGCGUCAACGUAAAUGGAAUUUCGCCUGGAUAUAUCGCCACCGAGGUAUGUUCGUUGCUGUGGUUUGGAGAAGGUAUUGACCUCGCAACUUGGAAGAUGAACACUGCGCUCAUUGCCGACCCGGUACGAUCACGACAAAUCUUAGAGCGCAUCCCUGCACAGAGAUGGGGCUCUCCGGCUGAUUUCGAGGGUGCGAUCGUGUUUCUUGCGAGUAGGGCAUCAGACUAUGUCUGCGGGGAAAGUUUAGUAGUAGACGGUGGGUGGAUGGGACGGUAA